AUGGAACUAUUGCGAAUUAGGAAAGACUGCAGUUCAUCCGGAUAUGAUAAUAUCCCUAUGAGAUUGAUACAACCAGUGAUAGAAGAUAUUGUUUCGUCUUUGACACAUAUUAUUAACUCCUGUAUAAAGAAUAAUAUAUUCCCCCAAACUUGGAAAGUAUCUCGUAUAAGUCCUAUCCCAAAAACAGAUAAUCCUUCUGAAAAUGACGACUAUCGUCCUGUGGCUAUUUUGCCUAUACUGUCAAAAGUUUACGAAAGCUUGGUACUACGACAAAUGCAAGAAUUUAUUGACAGGUUUUGCUUGUAUAUGGAUACUCAGUCAGGAUUUAGAAAAGGCCACUCUACUGCAACUACAUUGUUGAAAUUUAAAGAUGACAUUACAAAAGCUAUGAAAAAAGGCGAGAUAACCUUGGCCAUAUUUGCGGAUUUCUCCAAAGCAUUCGACACGGUUGACUUUGAAAUACUUAUCAGCAAAUUGUAUAAGUUGAACUUUUCCAAGUCAUUCCUACACUGGUUG